AUGGCACUUUGCUCAAAGGUUAUUUUAAGGAUGGACUUAUUGAAGAAGCUGUAUCACUCUUUUAAUAAGUUGGAAAGAAAGAGAGAAAAUGUUAAUAUUGAAUUUUAUAAUGUUGUCAUUUAUGGUAAACUUAACAAAGCUCAUGCUAUUUUUGAGAAGCUUUCUUCAACGGGAUUGCUUCCAAAUGUGGGAACAUUCAAUUCAAUGAUAACUGGAUUUUGUCUGCAAGGGUUGUUAGAUGAAGCUAAAGAUAUGCUUAGAAAAAUGGAGGACAAUGGUUGUUUUCCGGACAACGUUACGUAUAAUGUUAUUGUGCAAGGAUUUCUCAGGUGCAGCAAAAUUAGUCAAAUGGCAACUUUCAUGAAGGAAAUGCCUGUAAGUGGCUUCUCAUUUGAUGCAAUAACAAUUGAGUUUUUGGUAAAAGUUAUAAGGGAGAAUCCUUCCGUCCUUGACAUGAUAUCAGAGCUUCACUUGAUAAAUAUAAAGUAUUUUUUCGACGGAAGCACAGAGAAGGGACAAAUUUAUAAUUGUUACCUUCAGGUUGCUGACUUACUGUGGAGAACAAUUCGGAAGGCAAUUGCAGCUUUGAAACCACUUGUUUCACUUGGAUCGCUACUCGCUAAGCUUGUUUAA